UCUCCAGUUUCCUCUUUCUUUUCUUUUUCUUUUUCUUUUUCUUUCGCUUUACUUUGAUUUCUUUAUUCUCCUGUUUUCCAGAAGUGUAUAAUUUUCAAUUCCUGAAUGCUGUAAGAAGUCCAUCUCGGAUGCGCCGGCGUAAUGAUGCUGCUUAUAACUUUCCUCUCCAUUUCGACACCGCUAACAACUUAAAUUCAGAACUAUCACUUUUCUUCGUCUUCUUCUUCUUCUUCUUCUUCUUCUUCCUCUCUUCUCGUAGCCGCCAUUUUUGUCCGUCAUUUUUGCUUCUUCAUCUUCCAACUAAGGAAUUAUUUCAGAAUAGCAAAGCGUAGCACAUGUGUUUCUUCCUCGAAAGAAGUGUGUUUUUGAAAAAUUUGAGCAAAGAGGUUGAGACUUGAGAAUGAAAUUAGAGCAGAAACAACAAAACUGGGUUUUCUCACCAGCAUUUGUGUUCUUCGUCAGUGCUUUCUUGCUGUUUGGUUCGAUUGCAUCUCUUUACGCCUGGCUAGUGUUCAGCCCUUUUGUUCGAACUCCUUAUGCGGUGCCCUCUCUUGGCUGCCAAGUAGACAACGAGGGUUCUUGGUCCAUUGGUGUUUUCUAUGGCACCUCCCCUUUCUCUCUCCAGCCUAUUGAGGAUAGGAAUGCGUGGAAGAAUGACAGUGCAGCUUGGCCAGUGGCUAACCCAGUGAUUACAUGCGCAUCAGCUUCUGAGGCUGGCUAUCCCAGUAACUUUGUGGCUGAUCCUUUUCUCUAUAUACAAGACGAUGUGUUAUACCUGUUCUAUGAAACCAAAAAUUCAGUAACAAUGCAAGGAGACAUUGGUGUUUCAAGAAGCACUGAUAAAGGAGUGACAUGGGAACAGUUGGGUACAGCUUUGGAUGAGAAUUGGCAUCUUUCUUAUCCAUACGUCUUCGAUUACAAUGGUCAAAUAUACAUGAUGCCGGAGAGUAGUGAGAACGGAGAACUCCGACUUUACCGAGCCAUUAGCUUCCCUCUGCAGUGGAAACUGGAGAAAGUUCUUAUGAAGAAACCACUUGUUGAUUCCUUUCUUGUCAAACAUGGUGCCAAGUAUUGGAUUUUUGGUUCAGAUCAUAGUAGCUUCAGUGCUGUAAGGAAUGGGCGGCUCGAAAUAUGGUAUAGUGAUUCACCUCUUGGGCCAUGGAAACCCCACAAGAAAAACCCUAUCCACAACACAGAAAGGAGCUAUGGAGCUAGAAAUGCAGGUAGACCAUUUUUAUAUGAUGGAGUCCUCUAUCGUGUUGGCCAAGAUUGUGAAGAAACAUAUGGGAAGCGAAUUCGUACUUUUAAGGUGGAAGUACUUACCGAGAAGGAGUACAAAGAGGUUGAAGUACCUUCAGGCUUUAAGGAAUCCAGAAAGGGCCGCAAUGUCUGGAAUGGAGUUCGAUACCAUCACCUUGAUGUACAACAGCUUAGUUCUGGAGAGUGGAUUGGAGUUAUGGAUGGGGACCGUGUGCCUUCAGGUGACCCAGUUGACCGGUUUGUUGUUGGCAGUGCUUCUGUUUUGGCUGUUGCUGCACUUGUUUUGUUGUUGGGUGUGCUUAUGGGAGCGGUAAAGAGCUUCAUCCCUCUGAAUUGGUGCCCAAAUAACUUGAGGAAGAGAAGUGAUUCUUUAUCAGCUUGGGAAAGACCAAACACUUUGUCUUCCAAAGUGAGACAGUUGUCUGUUCGUUUGAAUAGAGUACAUACAUUCCUACGGGUCUGGAUAAGACCCAACACCUUAACUGGAAAACUGGUUCUUUUCUUAGCCUUUAUAUCAGGGGUGGUAUUGAUGUGCAAUGGGGUCACAUACAUCUAUGGUGGUAAUGGAGCAGAGGAGCCUUACCUAUUGAGUGGUCAAUAUUCACAGUUCACUAUGUUGACAAUGACAUAUGAGGCCCGGCUCUGGAACUUGAAGAUGUACGUUAAACAUUACUCAAGGUGUUCCUCGGUAAGGGAAAUUGUUGUGGUCUGGAACAAAGGUAAAGCUCCUGAACCAAGUGAAUUUGAUUCUGCUGUACCUGUAAGAAUUAGGGUAGAAAAAUUGAACUCACUCAAUAAUCGGUUUAAAGAUGAUCCCUUGAUCAAGACCCGUGCUAUUCUUGAGCUUGAUGAUGACAUCAUGAUGACAUGUAAUGACGUAGAGCGUGGUUUUAAAGUAUGGAGAGAGCACCCAGAUCGGAUAGUAGGAUUCUAUCCACGUCUUGCUGAUGGGAACCCUCUUAAAUAUCGAGCGGAGAAGCAUGCUAGAAAGAAGAAAGGGUAUAACAUGAUAUUAACAGGGGCAGCUUUCAUGGAUGCCCAACUUGCUUUUAGGAGGUAUUGGAGUGAAGAAGCUAAGGUGGGAAGACAAAUGGUGGAUAAAUUUUUUAACUGCGAAGAUGUUCUUCUGAAUUACUUGUAUGCUAAUGCGAGUUCAUCUGCAACUGUUGAAUAUGUCAAGCCUGCAUGGGCAAUUGAUACUUCCAAAUUUUCCGGUGCAGCCAUUAGUCGAAACACUGAUGUGCAUUACCAGAAAAGAAGUGACUGCCUCUCAAUGUUUGCAGAGUGGUACGGAAGUUUGGCUAACAGAAAAUCCAAAUUCAACCAGCGAAAGGAUGGUUGGGAUGUAUAGUCUGGAUUACUGUACCUUAUGCCUAUUUCUCUCCACAUGAUUGACAAAAUGGAGAGGUAAAAAGGGAAAAAAUGAAAAAUUAAAGUUUUUUUUUUUGUUUUUUUUUUUUAAAAUUCCCCUCACUGUGAAUUUUCUGAGGGCUUUUUGGUAGCUUGAUAACUUAGCAGGUAAAUGUACAUGGAUUCUCAUUGUUUUGCAAUCUUCUGUUUCUAGAUAUAUGUUUAGUUUCGAUUCAUAAAUUUUUCCUCGUGUUCAACACUUUCUUAACCCGUUGUUAUAAGGAAACAAUUUUGAAGAACAAUUAAGAAAGCAAGCGUUAACAUUUUGGUGCUUCUUC